UCCGGAGGCAGUGUAAAUAUCUGUGAAGUUACCCAAGAAGUGAAACAAGCUCUCAAAGAGUUUAGAUUUAGGAAAACGGAGGAUACAGCAGCCCUAGUGUUGAAAGUAGACAGAGAAAAGCAGCAAAUUAUUCUGGACGAAAAAUUGGAGGCAAUUUUGGUUGAUGACCUUCGUGAAUCCCUACCAGGUCAUCAACCAAGGUAUAUUGUAUUAUCAUACCGUCAAGAACACAAAGAUGGCAGAAUAUCCUACCCAUUAUGUUUUAUUUUCUUCACGCCCAGGGAUAGUCAUGCCGAACUACAGAUGAUGUAUGCCGGUUCUAAACUGGCAUUGCAGCAAGAAGCUGGUCUAACCAGAGGCUUUGAGAUUAGGGAACUAGAAGAUUUAACAGAAGAGUGGUUGUUGAGCAAGUUAGGAAAUUGA